AAAUAAAACUAGAAUAAUAUAUAGUAAGUCCAUAAUUAGAAAAAAAUGUGGAAAAGGGUUGAAGCAAUAAUAUUAGUUGUUAUUUUGUGUAGUAAAUUGGUAAGUGGUGGGUCUAUAGUGCCUUGUUAUUUCAUAUUUGGAGAUUCAUUAUCAGAUGCCGGUAACAAUAAUGAUCUUAUUACCAUGGCUAAAGUUAAUUACUCGCCUUAUGGAAUUGAUUUUCCUCGAGGAAUUGCUACCGGAAGGUUUACCAAUGGUCGCACCGUUGCAGAUUUUAUAAAUUCUUUGCAUAUUCCUAACAAUAAUGCUACUAAAUGUGUUGAUGAAAUCAAUCAAGCUGUCAAGAUUUUCAAUACCAAGCUUAAAAAGUUGGUGGAUUAUUUCAAUGCAAAUCUCCCUGGAGCCAAAUUUACCUUCAUUAAUCUCUACGCAAUGCAAUCAUUAUCUCCUAUUGGGUUAAUUUCAUCAUCACCAUGCUGCAAAGUAUUAAGAAGUGACUUCCAGUGUGAGCCAAACUCUACACCAUGCCGUAACAGAAAUUUACAUGCAUUUAUGGACGGAUUUCAUCCAACGGAAUCGGUGAAUAGAUUUGCAGCCACAAUUUCAUUCGGCACAUUACUUCCAUUAUUUGCUCAUCCGCUUAAUAUCAGUCAAUUAAUUAAUACUGACAUCAAUAAUGUCCUCCAAAUUUAGAAUAAUACUCCUAUUUCGGCUAUGUGCUAUUCAUGAUUAUUUAUUAAUUAAUAAGUUAAUAAAGGAGUACAUAUGUUGUAAUUGUUUAUUCUUAUAUAUUAUUAUCUAUUCAAAUAAAUGUA